AUGCCCCCGUUGGGCGAGACCAUCGCCGUGAUUGACAAAUCCGGCAAGGUCGUCAGUACGAGCAAACACCUCUUCAGCGUCUUUGAUCAGGCCAAGAACGCUUAUCGCCAGCGCAAGGCGGCCUUCCAGUCCGAGAAGAAUGCUCGGAUUGCCGAACAACAGGCGUUGAAAGCCCUGCAGAACUAUACCAUCGAUGACGGUCCUUCGGUCGCCUCGUCUCGCAGAAGUCGGUCGCGGCACCACUCGGGCCGUAGCCAUCAUCAUCACCACCACCGCCGUCACCAGGGCGAGUCCGUCUAUGAGCAGGAUCUCCAGUCGGUCUCGUCGCGCUCGGAGAGCUACUAUGGUAGCCCCAGAGACGUGGCUCGACGCCACACCCAUCAUGAUAUCAGCAUGCGCGAACGAGAAGGCCGGCCGAUGGCCGUUCGUUCCCGAUCCGAUGCCCAGGUGGACAUGGACCUGGCGUACGGCGACUACAACGAGACCUCUCUGGCUCGACAGCCGGCCCCGGAGGCCGGCGCGCUCCAGAAGAUCGAGGACCCCGAGCUGAAUGGGCUCGUGGGCCGGGCCCAGUGGCUCUUGGAGGAGGCCAACUGCGUCCAUCACAGCGCCACGCAAACCAUUGCCCAUCUCCAAAAGAAUCCCGACGCCAUGGCCGCCGUUGCUCUCACGCUGGCCGAGAUCAGCAACCUCGCCUCCAAGAUGGCCCCGGCCGCCCUGAGCAUGCUCAAGACGGCCGCCCCCGGUAUCUUCGCCCUGCUCGCCAGCCCCCAGUUCCUCAUUGCCGCCGGUGUCGGCAUCGGCGUCACCAUCGUCAUGUUUGGGGGCUACAAGAUCAUCAAGCAAAUCCAAUCCGGUGGCGCCAGCGCCGACACCGCCAAGCAGCCACCACCCAUGGGCGGGCCCAUAGGUGAGCCGCAGGGCAGCAUGGACGACAUGCUAGAAUUCGACCCCGAACACGUGAGCGGCGUAGAGAUGUGGCGCCGCGGCGUGGCCGAUGCCGAGUCCGACAGCGUCGGCACGUCCGUCGACGGCGAAUUCAUCACCCCGAGGGCAGCCACCAUGUCGGGGAUCGACGUGACCACGGCGCGGGCCUCGCGGGACCCCCGGUUCAAGUUCGACGACGACCACUCCACAGCUUCGUCCCGUCGCUCCCGUCGUUCGCGUGCCUCUCGCGGCCCAUCCCGACACCACCGGUCGCGGGGAGACCAUGUCCCGGAGUCGGAGGUGGGCUCGAAAGCGCCCUCCAAACGGCAUGGGCGAUCCUCUUCCCGGGCUCCCUCCAAGGCCGAGUCUCACUUCACGGACGGAGAGCCCAAGUCCAAGGACAAGAAGAAGCGAUCCAGCCGACUCCGUCUGAUGUUUACUUCUUAA